GUGCAUGAAGUCUCAGCUGUGCCCAACUACUUGCUGCUCAGAAACUGAACCAUCCAGGGUCCUGUCAUGGACCUCAGAGGGAGACCAAAAUGCUGCUCGCUUCACCUUGGAAUCCUUCCCCUCAUAGUGCUUGCCUUGGUCUUCCUUGGCUAUGGGUUCGUGAGCCACAGAAGCCAGAAGGAAUUGAGAGACUCUGGAGCUAUGACUAGCGUGUCCCAUGGAGAGCUGGAUGUCCGGGAAGUUGUAGCCCUGUCAAGGAUGGCCUAUGCCCAGCCAAAGGUGCUAACACCCAGUAGGAAAGAUGUUCUUGUCUUGACUCCUUGGCUGGCUCCCAUCAUCUGGGAAGGAACCUUCAACAUCGACAUUCUGAAUGAGCAGUUCAGGCUUCAGAACAUCACAGUUGGACUGACCGUGUUUGCCAUCAAAAAGUACGUGGUGUUCCUGAAGCUGUUCCUGGAGACUGCAGAGCAGCACUUCAUGGUGGGACACAAGGUCAUCUACUAUGUCUUCACUGACCGUCCAGCCGAUGUGCCGCAGGUGCCCCUGGGAGCAGGACGGAAGCUGGUGGUGCUAACCGUGCGCAACUACAGCCGCUGGCAGGAUGUGUCCAUGCACAGGAUGGAAAUGAUCAGCCGCUUCUCAGAGCAGCGCUUUCUGCAUGAGGUGGAUUACCUGGUGUGCGCAGAUGUGGACAUGAAGUUCAGUGACCACGUGGGUGUGGAGAUUCUCUCAGCACUCUUCGGUACCCUGCACCCUGGCUUCUACAGAGCCAGCCGAGAGGCCUUUACCUAUGAGCGCAGGCCAAAGUCCCAGGCCUACAUCCCCUGGGAUGAGGGUGACUUUUACUACAUGGGGGCCUUCUUUGGGGGGUCAGUGGUAGAGGUGUACCAUCUCACCAAGGCCUGUCAUCAGGCUAUGAUGGAGGACAAGGCCAAUGGCAUCGAGGCUGUGUGGCAUGAUGAGAGCCAUCUGAACAAGUACCUGCUACACCACAAGCCAACAAAGGUGCUGUCCCCAGAGUACAUGUGGGACCAGCAGCUGCUGGGCUGGCCCUCCAUCAUGAAGAAGCUGAGAUACGUGGCUGUACCCAAGAACCAUCAGGCAAUCAGGAACCGAUAGCUGAGUUCCUAUGGAAAGGCCAGACCUAUAUCCAGGGGCACUCCAGGAACUGGAAGGAUUUGAGAGACAUUACUGAAGGGUCACCCUCUACCCCUCCUGAGACUCCAGCAGCCCUGGUACCAGCCACUUGGUUUACCACACGCUGAGCCCCCAGAGUGACGGCCACCUUCAGCUCCCACUGUGUCCCUGUGCUCCUAUUCAGUGAGAUGGCAUCAGGAGCUUCCAGAACAC